ACACACACACACCCACCCCCACACACACACCCACCCACAGUAAACCCUUUAAAUAGAGCUCCACUCCAGUUGCUCGGCCUCGGUUUUCGUUCGUAUCCCACCGUCGGCAAAACAAGUUCUCCUCAACUCCCAGAACCCGAGCCUCUUCAGCAGAAACAUGGAACGUACUUUCAUCGCCGUGAAGCCCGAUGGCGUCCAGAGGGGACUGUGUGGCGAGAUCAUCAAGCGCUUCGAGCAGAGGGGCUUCAAGUUGGUGGCGGCCAAAUUCAUGCAGGCGUCUGAGGAUCACAUGAAGAAGCAUUACCUGGAUCUGAAGGACACGCCCUUCUACGCUGGACUCUGCAAAUACAUGUCCUCUGGACCCGUCUUCGCCAUGGUGUGGGAGGGGCAGAACAUUGUGAAGCUGGCCAGGAUGAUGCUGGGAGAGACCAACCCAGCUGACUCCAAACCAGGAAGCAUCCGAGGAGACCUGUGCAUCAACAUCGGCAGGAACAUCAUCCACGGCAGCGACACGGUGGAAAACGCCAAGACGGAGGUCGGCCUGUGGUUCAAGGCCGAGGAGUUCGUGGCCUACACGCCCUGCGCCCAGGCCUUCCUGUACGAGUAACUGACCAAUCAGCAACAAGGCACUCAACUGGACCCGCCCCCUCACACGCGCCCCCUGCAGUUGAUCCUCUGACUUGGUUUCUGCUCAUCAAUGUGAAACAUGUUGCGCUUUAAUAAAGUCUCAUGUUAACAAUAAAA